AUGUCUCCCCGCGUUCCUCGCCUUCCCGCAGCCAAGACCUCAGAGGUCCUCUGCAUGGGCGCCGCAGGCGUCGGCGUCCUCGCCCCCUUCUGGUUCCUCAUGCCCGGCACCGAGGACCGCCUCUCCAAGCAGACCAACAAGUGGGCUCCUCGCUGGGAGCGCAACGUCAGCUACCUCGCCCCUCCCAUGGAGAGAGGCGUCCAGCGCAUCGAGCCCCCCAUCGCCCGCGCCGCCCAGCGCAUCCCCGAGCGCCUCCAUCUCGAGCAGAUGGCCAAGAGCGUCGACAGGGGCAUCCGCAAGAGCAUCGACCGCUUCAACGGCGGACCGUCCGCGUCGUCCUAA